GCCUGCGGACCGGAAGCAGAUACCGUUACCACGGGUAACCAAAACAACCCUUGUUUGAGUUGAUGACCCAGAAAAAUAUUUUCGUAUAACUUUCCGAUCAACGUUUUCCCAAUCGAUUAUUUUGAAAUUUUUAGUUUAGUGAUUUUUGGUACCUCUUCGAAGUGUAUAUUAGUGCGCUAUGGUGGACCAUGUAGAACAGAACCGUAACAGCGAGUCGAUUUCCAUGCACGACUUCCUUGAAUUUCUUAAAAUUACUUGUCAGGUUAAUGAUUCUUUCAAUAGCAGCAAGAAGAACCCUCCUCCCUUCGAUUACAAUCAGCUGGCUCGUAAUGAACUCGUCAACAGUGUCCAUAUCCGUCCAAGAGGGGCGGUUGAAGCCAGUUCCGCCAUAUCAGGAACUUCUCCAGCACGACAGACCAGUACAAAAAAAGAGGAUGGACCAAUGCAAAGGAAGGUGUUCAAAAAGAAAUCUGUUUCGCAUGCAAAAACUCAGAAAAAUAAACUAGAAGUGUCGGACAUGAUUCCUCCGAGGAAAGCAUUGGAUGAUUUAUUGAACGAGAAAUUGGACGAAGUGCUGAAUGAAGGGAUUUUGGAUUCGGUGCUACCGUUCAUAUGUCCCAACAAUGUUGCGACUUCAACCUGUGGCGGCCCUUCGUACAGCAAAGGUACCAAUCCAAAGCCGAUGGCGACUCAUCCGGUGGUGCAGAUUACCGCCAACAUCAAUGCACCGAAGGUGUCACGAGAUACCAACUCGCCGGAUAUUCAAAGCGGCGGUGGAGUCAAAAAAGCAGGACUUUCAGCCGUGGGAGACGUGUCGCAGAAUUUUUUAAUAGCGAGCAGCGCCAGUAAGGUGAACGCUAGAAGGAAAACAUCGAUAUCACAGGUGACCAUACCGGAUAGUCGAUCCGAACCGGAGGUUAUCAUUCAUGUGUGCGAUGAGGUCAAGGGAACAUCAAGGGAUUUCGCGUGUCCUCAGAAAUUGCUGAUAACGAAAAUGGGAUACUUUGCAGAUGUAACAGCCGGUCAACGAUUAGAAGACAUGGACAUAUCGGUACAUUGCGAUUUGCAAAUAUUUGAAUGGCUUAUGAAGUGGGUCAAAAAGGAUUCCAUGUCACAGGAGGAGUGGCCCGUAUUAGAUCCUUCAAACGUAGUGCCAAUACUCGUUUCGGCCAGCUUCUUACAAAUGGAACCUCUGCUGCUGGAUUGUCUAUCAUUCUGUCAUGCUAGGCUAAACGAGGUGGUGAAAGCUUCGGCAAAUUUAGCCUGUUUGAAUGAUAGCAUCAUAACGCGACUAGCUGCUAUGUUCACCAAUCUGGAACUAGAAAUGGUCAAGGACAAAAAAGACCGUAUUGCACCUCGAUUAUGGACCAAACUCAUCCAAAGUCUUUGCGAGAUAGAACCACAAGCUUUGCGCGGCCAUUAUGCAACCCUUGUGGGUAUGUUUCGUUGCUUAAGGUGCGGCAAAUUUUUAACCCAAACAGUCAGCACUUUCAUACACUGCGUUCCGCAAAACAUACGGCUCAAUCGAUGGGGUCAACUAAUUAGUUCGCACGUUAAGGAUCCAUCAUGGAACAUCACCAGUUAUGUGGCCAGUUUACACAAAGAAUUGCGGUCCUGGCGAAAGGUGUACUGGCGCCUUUGGGGACACUGCCACUUCCUAUAUUGUGCGAUUUGCGAUACACAUUUUGCGGUGUAUCAAAUGUUAUGGUGCCAGUAUCAUCCAGAGCAGCCGCAAUUCUUGGGACCUGCCGCUGAGGGAAGAGUAGCUGGUCCUGCUGGCCGAUACCCUUGUUGUGGCAAACAAGCUUAUCGAUACGAAACAUUGCCGGGUCCAACGGGUUGUCAAUUUCGAGAACAUACAGUCCAGGCUGAUACGGACCGAGACAGAGCGAUCCUGCAGCUGGCAAUGCAAGCCUCAGAAGGAGGAUGUCUUUACGAAACUGCCCCAUUCAAGCCCCCAAACUCUAUCAACGAUCCCUGGUGGAAUGGUAUAGGAAUUUUGCCACAUCGAUCCCGGCAAGGUUUGCUUCCAACAUUCAACGUGGAUGGCGAUGCUCCCAGUCGUGCUAAUCGAAAGUUCAUAGCUCGCCAACUGUCGCAGUCGGUUGCUGAAUCGGAAACGGAAACCGAUUCAGAGGAUGCCGAUAAAUCCGGCACCAUUCUGAGCCAUAGCUCCAGCAGCAGUAGCGAUGGAGGUGAAUCCGAAUACAGCAGUCCACGCUCGUUCCGUCCGAAGAAUGCGAAGCAGAAGCCCAAAAUAUCCUACGGUCGGCAUUGGGCUGGUGAUAUGUCGGCCCGCAGCAACCAGGAUAACCAGCGCGAGUUCGAGGAGCGCGCAAUGAAACAGAUCAUUGCGAUGGUUGGUAAGAAAACCGGCGGCGAACAAAAUCAGCAAUUUGUGACGUAUCAGCAAGGGGGCGCCUACAUCAAGCUAGAAUGCGAUUGGCGAGAGUCCAUGAAGCAGAAGAAUCUGGCUAGCAUCAAGUCCAAGGCGAGCGGCAUGAAAUGAUGAUUGUUCAUAGAUUUACGAGAGCGAUCACAAGAAAAAACCUUCUGAAUGAUUUGUGUUCAUCAAAGUCAAAAAGGUCGUGUCAGUGUUUUGUGUUCCUUUUGCUAAAUUAUUAGGUAGGUAGAUGUUAGAAUCUAAUACCCAAAUGCCGUUAGAAUAGUCCAACAACAUAAAUUACAAUACAUAUAAUGGAACCUAAACUUCAUUCUUUUGGUUUAGGUCACCCGAAGAUGGCAUAGAUUAGGAUGAUAAAGCAUAACAACCUUAUUACAGCACUUAUACUGCCGCUUUAUGUAGUCGCAAGUAAAUAACGACUAAACUUACAAAAAUCACACACAAUUUCAAAAGAGUGCAUAGUUGCUGAUGAAGAUUGAAGUAUGUGUGCAGAUUAGACUGGCCCAGAUUACUAUGGGGAGAAAAAAUGUUGUCGAAUUCCACGGGGCACCCCCCAGAAUUGUGUCUUUGGGUGAGAAAAUCAAUCUCUGAAAAUUUCAGCUCAAUCGCUUGUUGCAUAAGCUGGCGCAUUUGAUUUGAAGUUUGUAUGGGGAUUUCAGCCAAAAUGUAUAGGAAAAUACACCUCCGUCACUCAUUCGAUCUGGAAAUUGGUUCUGAUUGCUCGAUUGACCUCAGAAUUGCAAAAACGGCAGUUGGUAUGCUACAGAACAAUUUCACAGAACAUUGCAUGAUGAUUAAAUGAACUUUUAUAUAAUUUUGGUUUAUUAGGAGCU